UUAUGUCGUGUCCUAAAUUUUGCGCUUAGCUUUCAUAAAAUUUAAGUUUUUACCGUAAUAACUUGAUUAGUAAGUACGAGCUGUAUAUGCUUUUAUCGGAAAAUUGUCUAGAUAUUAACUAGUACUUUAGGGAAUGCCGAUGCUAGACUUCUGUGGACAUUUUGAUGGGAAAAGAACAUUUCAAGAAAGGUAUCCAGAAAGCGUAUGCACUUGCAGGAACCACGACAAGCAAGUACCUUUUCUGCUUGCACCCCCACGAUUGUCGCUGGAGAUUCAGCGGGGAAACCAACCAGAGAAGAUCCAGAUGACCAGCAGGAAGUGGACAACCACGUACAAAGAGAGCGAAAAGGAGCAGUUCCAGCGCAAAAAGAGAAUUGCUUACGCCAUCACAGGUAUCGUGGUUGUCGUCUGCGCUGGAGUUCUAUCCGGUAUGAUCAUUUGGUUUGUCCUCCGCGACCCUCCACCCUCGUUAACCCAGCUGCCUCUCAGUGUCCCUAGCGGCAAUGCCUCGCUCCAUAUCCCGACAAAAGGACCCAUAACCUUGACUCUGCCGUUGCCCGGAAAAUCGUACCGGCAGAAUGUCGUAAUGGGCAGCGUUCUCGGAGACAAUUCCGAACUCUUACAAUGCGAAAACACCCCGGCGUCAUGGUCGUGCUAUCAGUUUACCAGUGACCAGCGGAGGUACUCGCUGUCGUUCAAAAGUGAAGAUUUUGGCAACGACACCUCGCUACAGUGUACCUCCGCGGCGUGGAGUACACCGUCGUUGGAUGGAGAGUUAACAGACUGCAUUGAUCUGGGUUCGUCACACUGGUUCGGAGGCGGAUUGCUGUUUGCUCAGCACUGGCCCAUGCAACUGCAGAAACCGAUGACCCCCUUUGUUUCCGGCGAUAUUUUACAAGUUCCUACGGACUAUGGCGGAGUUUUGGAGCCCUAUUGGGUAUCCACGGAUGGAGUGGGUGUAAUUGUGGAUUACAAUGCGAAGGAUCAACCGCUGCAUACAUCGUGGAAUGCCAGUGGCAAUGAUCGGCUGUGCUUUUCUUCCCGGUUGGCGAAUUCACUGUACAAGCACGCCGGUCAACGCGAACUACGGUUGAAUUAUAAAGUCUGCACGGCAAAAAAUGUGGUAGAACUCCAUAAAGGUAUUUUGAAGUAUGUAAAGCCCUGGAGUAAACCCGCUGGUAUUCCAUCCCGGAAUCUCUUUGAGAAGCCAAUCUGGAGUACAUGGGUAUCAUACAAAACGAAUGUAUCCCAGAAUAACGUUAUGGAUUUCAUUACGGACAUUGUGAGGAGGAAUUUCACAGCUAGUAAUAUCGAAAUUGACGAUGGAUACCAAGAGAAAUAUGGAGAUUUCACAUUCAAUGCUGCGAAAUUUAGUAACGUUAGCCAAGUCGUGGAAUUCAGUCAUAGAAAGGGAUUUAAGGUCACCGUUUGGGUAUAUCCGUUCGUUAAUGCGGACUCGGCAUCUUUUUCGGAAGGAUACGAUAAUAAAUAUUUUGUGAUGAGCCCCAAUUCGUCAAGAAAUAUUCCGGCAAUGACUUCGUGGUGGCAAGGCAAGCUGGCAUCUUUGGUAGAUUUCACGAAUCAAAAAGCAUCGAACUGGUAUUUUAAUAAGCUAAACGAUUUUCGGCAUAAAUAUAAUUUUGAAUCAUUCAAAUUUGACGGAGGUGAAGCUAACUGGAUGCCAUUUUGUCGAACCUUUGACGAAGAUGCGGUAAGUCCGGAUUAUUACGGACGUAUAUAUGCACAGCAAGCGGCUGAACGUAUCGGAAAUGGUCUGGAGGUUAGAGUCGGGCUUCACAAUCAGCAACUACCAAUUUUUGUGCGUAUGUUGGAUAAAGAUUCGGUUGUCGGAUACGAUAAUGGCUUGAAGACUCUGAUUCCAACCGCGCUUACCUUUGGCUUGUUGGGUUAUCCUUUUGUACUGCCCGACAUGAUUGGAGGAAAUGCAUACAGAAAUCUGUCUCAAGGGAAUAACCAAAUGCAGGGAUUAUUAGAAAGUCAAUAUCCGAAUGACCGGCUCUAUUUGCGAUGGCUAGGCGCAACAGUAUUUAUGCCUAGUCUGCAGUUCUCAAUCACUCCCUGGUACUACGAAUCGCGAUCGAAAUAUGAUCCAACCGAGAUAUCCAAAAGGCUACUCCAGCUUCGGGAGCCUUAUACGGAGUUGUUCGUCCGACUAGCAAAUGAAGCAGUUACGACAGGAUAUCCCAUUAUACGGCCUCUCUGGUGGAUUAACGGCGAUGAUGCGACUAGCUGGACUGUGGAUGAUCAGUUCCUGGUUGGCGAUGACCUUAUGGUGGCCCCUAUUGUUGACGACGAGUUUGACUAUCGUACGAUAUAUGUUCCACCCGGUGAAUGGCAGGAUGUGUUAUUACAAAGAAAUAUCACCGGGCCACUGACGUUGAAUCCUUACACAGCUAACCUGGAUCAGGUUCCUAUUUUUAAGCGCUGGCCUAAGUGAAAAAUCAAAAUUGUCUGUGAUAACUGAUAAAUUACAUGCAUGGCCUCUGCUUUUAUUAAAUGGCUUCUUGAAAAAUCGAGAUUAGUCGUACUAGCAUUAGUCGUACUUCGUACUAUAUAAAAACCAACAAAAACCGGAAUGAAAAGGGAUAAAUAUUAAACUGGUU